AUGGGAUUCCAAUCAAUGAAGGAAAGAUCAUCUUCAAAUAUACCUUCACUUCUACUAAGUGGCUCAAAGGAUACAACUGUUAAACUAUGGAAUCUAAGACAUGGAAAUGUACAAGCCAACGAUAUCUUGCUCACAUACACCGAGCAUACUGGACCGAUAACUGCAUGCAAGUUGAUCAACCUACCUUUAUCCUCAACGCCCAGCAUUGUUGCCUCUGCUUGUGAGAAUGGAAGGAUAUGUAUCUGGAGCGCGUCGACUGGCGAGACACUAUGGUCGACAUUUGUUGGAACUCCAGUCAAGUCCAUCGAUGCCAAUGAGCACAUGAUCAUUGCGAGUGAUCAAAGCAAUGGUCUGCACUUCUGGCGAAUCACCUUGGAUGCCACCGAUCAACUACACUUCACAUUGAUACCCAACUCAUUCAAACGAAUGCCCUUCCCCAACACUGCAAUCCUUUCACUGCAUCUGAUCGAAACGAUUCCAAUCGAUGAAGAAGAAGUGCAUUGCCAAUCAUACAAUGUUAGGAAGGACCCCGAACGAAGCAUGUCCAAGCACAGACGUUUAAAAGAUCCGGUACCCGUGAGAGUGGAGUUGGAGGACACCCUGGUCGGGGACACAAGAGAGGACAUCACUUAUCGAGAGCAGUCAGCCUGUGACCUAGAGAUCAGAGUUCGUCUAAUGAUGAGAUCAAAGUCCAGUGUAACAGAGUGCGAGAAUGUACUGAUACAAGACCUUUGCCUGGUCAGUGAGGCCACCGGUCGGGCGCUCUGUGGUGAGGGCUCACCACUGCAGUGGUACAACUGCGAGGACAAAGGAGAGACGUUGUCAGUGGCCACAACUCUAUCGGAUGACCGCUGCGACCCCGUUCAAGCAUUGGUAGUGGCCAGCAGUAACAACACUGCCAAGUUGUUUGAUAAGCCGUCGAUUGGACUUGGCUGGCAGCAACGAUCAAACAUAUCAACACUGCAUGGACACUGUGGACGUGUUACCAGCGUUCAUUGUGACCUCCAGAAGAUUAUAACAACGUCGUCCGACACCACCAUUAAGAUAUGGUCGCGAUCCACCUGUCAACUAGAGCGAACCCUGACCGAGCACAAAGAUGCCGUGCUGUCCAGCCGACUGCUUGGGCCGCUGCUGGCCACGGGCUCCAACGAUUCUACCAUUCACCUGUAUAACUUUAACUAUUUCUCCGACGACCUCAAGGUCAACGACUCCGAAUGA